UACGCCUUCCGUUGGCUUGAGCUGCUACCAUACCGACGUCAGUGACUGAUUGUAUGCUAGGGUGAAGAUGGCGGAGGCAGCUGCGGCACAACAACACCGCUUUUUCUGUCACUGCUGUAAAGGUGAAAUCGACCCUAAAUUCCCAGAAUUCACUUGCCCCAGGUGUGAGUCCGAUUUCAUUGAGGAGUUGUCAGAAGACUCCAGUCUCUUGGAGAACAGCAGCACUGCAGAGGCCAAUGAUAAUGCAGGCACACUCUUUUCAGAGCUGUGGCAGCUGCUGUUUAUGGAACGCUCUGCUCUCCUCUCGGACCCCUCCGCCUAUGAGUCUGACCCGAGCCAUCUACAGGCUGCCCCAGCCAGUGAUGCAGUGGAGGACGAACUUGAGGGCCCUUCUGUGGGCACAGAGCCUUUGGAGCCUGAACCGGAACGCCCCUCUCGCCCGCCUAGCCAGGGGAGGCGACAGUCCCGCGCGCCAGCAGUGGAGAGUAUUGUGCAGCAGUUUUUGGCUGGCCUGUUUGCCAACAAUGGAAAUCCAGGUGUCGCACCAGCUGCACUGUCUGGCAUGUUCCAUUCAAAUCCAGGGGACUAUGCCUGGGGUCAGGGAGGUCUAGACGCAGUUAUCACAGAAUUGUUAGGUCAGUUUGAGAGCACAGGUCCACCUCCUGCAGAGAAGGAGAUGAUCUCAUCCCUCCCCACAGUCAACAUCUCUCAAGAACAGACAGACACAAGACUGGAGUGUCCAGUAUGUAGGGAGGAGUACACCGUGGGAGAGUCUGUCAAACAGCUGCCCUGCCUCCAUUAUUUCCACAGUGACUGCAUAGUGCCAUGGCUCAAACUGCACGAUACCUGUCCUGUGUGUCGUAAAAGUCUUGACGGCGUCGACCAGAGCAUCCAGCCCCCACCAGAACCCCCAGAGCCCCCCUCCAUCAGGACAGACCCUCAGGGGGAGAGACGGGCUAUUUGAGGUUUAGGUCUCCCUCUCUUGCAUCUCUUCUUCCCUUUUGUUCUUCUGAACGAGGCUCACCUCUCCUCAUGCCUCGUCAUCCAUCGCUCCUUCUUUGACCACACAUUUAUUGAAGAGACAUUUCAAUUCAACUGUGCCUCAUUAUCAAAAUUAUGCUUGCUUCGAAAAAUCACCUCACAAUGCUUUCACCCACAGAUCACUGUACAUUUCCUGGGGAACUUUGAUUGAGGUGAGAAAGAUCCAAUAUGCCUGCAAUAUAACCUCACCUGCAAAUGGUUCCAACUGUUUUCUGACAAAAUGUUAUGGAUUCAAUUUGUCCCUUCGUAGAGGUAUUUCACCUGUUCUGAAUGUCUAUUAAAAACAAAUGAACUGACAUCAUUGAGCCAUAGUUUGGGAAAAUCCUGAAAGGUGAGCUGAACUCACUCUCUUGCAUUGUUGAUCUGGAUAAGAGAAUUUCCCUACUCUGUUCUCUCUGACCUCUUUGGUUGCAUCGCAAUAAUCUCUGCUUUCUCCUGAAGGGUGGUAUAUGGAAACUCCUAGGCCAUGCCUAAACCAGUCCAAAGCUUUUACAUUUGUGGAGAGUCGUGAACGAAUGCAAACUUCGGGAGGAAGGAGAGGUUAUUGGGAAUACAACCACAGGGAGAAUCUCAAUUGCAUACUUGCGUCCUCUCUACUUCUCAAAAUCCAUUGGAGGAGAGGAUCAGAGGGGCGGGAUCUUUGAAACUCUCCCCCGUCUCCCACUUCCUCUUAUUAGUUAAUAAUGUCCACCUCUCUUUAUGUCCCCUAUUAAAGCCUAAUGCUGUGUUCACACUAUCCACCUCCUUCCUGUUACAACAUUAUGCACUUUCCUAAUGCAUUAGUCUUUUACCUCUUUCUAUCAUUUUAUUUUGAAUGAUAAGUACAAGUCACAGCAAAAAAACAAACAUGUUUUUAAUAUUGAAUAUUUAAUAUUGAUUUGCCUAUAUAUGUAUUGGUAUGUACACUGCUCAAAAAAAUAAAAGGGAACACUUAAACACAA